AUGACAUGCGAAACCGGCCAACUGAGAAAUUUCAUCGAAGAUCUCGGACCUGGGCAAGUGGUUGGAAGGCAGGCGCUCGGUGCUCGCUGCCUCGGCGAGAUUCAGCUCUCGCUCACCCAGAAGAAAGGCUACCUUGAAGUGGAGGUCAUACGUGCCAAAGACCUUAAACCGAAACACGGCACUAAAACCGUUCCAGCUUCCUACGUGAAAGUUUACUUGGUGAACGGAAAGAAGUGUAUCGCGAAGGCGAAAACGACGGUAGCGAGGAAAACGUUGGACCCGUUCUAUCAGAACUCGUUAACCUUUGGAGAAAAUUGUCGGGGUUGCAUACUGCAGGUGACAGUAUGGGGUGAUUACGGCCGAUUAGAAGGGAAAAAAGUGUUCAUGGGCAUUGCGCAGAUCGUGUUGGACGAACUGAACCUCAAUGAGAUGGUGUUCGGGUGGUAUAAGCUGUUUGGCAACAUAUCCCUGGUCAGUGGACCUCCAUCCUUACCUUUGUCCCGUCAAUCCUCGGUUACGUCCUUAGAGUCUUUUAACAUUUAA